AUACCAUCAGCAAGCAGCAGUUGCGUAUAUGAGUCAAUCUACUUAACAAAGCGUGUUUCUGAGGUUCCUGAUCUUUUCUGCUUGCUGAAUAAAAGGAUUAGAAAAGCAAAUUGAUAGUCCAGUACAUGAUUGUACGGUUUACUUAGAAAACCGGUUUUUGUUUCUCUUACAAGUAUUGCUCUGUAACUUUUCGUGCUUGUGUAUGCUGUUAAGCCGAACUGCAAGGAUGGUUGUCAGACAUCACGUCAAGAGCUGGGACGAGUUCACUAAGCUGGCCCAGAGUCUCGAGGGAAACGGAGAACCGGUGCAUGUUCUCUUCACCGGUGACAAGGACGAAAAAGGUGAAAGCUGGUGUCCAUACUGUGUGAAAGCCGCCCCGGUCGUCGAAGAAGCAUUGAAAGAAGCUCCCGAAAAAAGCCACUUCAUCGCAGUGGAAAUAGAUCGUCCCUUCUGGAAAGAUCUCAACAAUCCGUACCGCAAAGACUCUCGGACUAACUUAGUGUUUCUUCCGACACUACUCCGCUGGAAAUCUCCACAACGUUUGGAUGGGGAGCGAGUCUCAAAUAAGGAUCUCGUAGAAAUGCUGCUUUCUGAUGAGGACUAGUAAGAGUAUCCGGAAAAUAAUAAAUACAUGAUAGGUAUGUCUAUAAGACGGAAUUAAACAUAUUCACUAUGUGGCAUAGUGUAAAAGCCUUUUGAAUAAUAAAUG